AUGUACAUCACCCUCUACUACAUAGUCACCCGCCUCCCUGACUCCCUUCGCUUAGUCAGGGACCACUUCCUCUCAGUUUGCCCCACCACUCUCACCGUCGAUCUCCUUGAGGAGCGCCUCCUAGCAGCAGAGAAGAGCAUAGUCGCUGUAGGAGCCUCUCGUGGUGACCCUCACACCCUCGUCUUUGAGGGGUGUUCCCCCUCCCCCCUCUUGCCCUCUGUUGCCUCUGCUGCUGCGGCCGACCUCGUUGGUUUCGAGUCGGUCGGCGCUGCGUCUGCCCCGAGCGGGAGACACCGCACCGGCAAGGGCAAGGGGGGCAACGGCGCUGGAGGGGCUGGCGGGGGCGGUGGAGGUGGUGGUGGAGGCACUGGAGGGGGUGGGGGUGGUGGUGGGAGUAGUGGCGGGGGUGGAGGUGUCGGUGGCAGCAGUGGAGGCGGAGGAGGCGGCGGCGGUGGCGGAGGGAGCGGAGGCGGCGGAGGUGAUGGAGGCGGCGGAGGCGGCGGAGGUGGCGGAGGCGGCGGCGGGAGCGGUGGACCUGGUCGUGGCUCUCCGCAGAGGAGUGGCUCCGGUGGUGGUACGCGCCAGCAGCAGCAGCGCAGUCGUGAGACCCUAUCCCCUCAGCAGCUUCGUGACUGGUACGCUGCGCGUCAGCGCGGUGGGGGUACGGGUCCCUGCACCUACGUUCUCCGUACCGGUGACCGCGCUGGUGAGCAGUGCGGGGGCCCGCACUCCACCCAGCACUGCUUCGGCCGCCUGACGGACGCGUGGCGUCACCAGUUCCCUGUGGCCUCUGAGAUCCCUCGCUGGGGAGAGCUGUCUAGGGCGGGGGUUGCUAUCUUUGAUCUUGAUUUUGAUGCUAUUCUUGCUGCCAUGCAUGCUGUUUCUGAUAGUGUUGAGGGUGACUGUUACCUGUGUGUUCCGCCUGACCCGGGCAUUGAGACUACUGCUCUAGGUGCUGGUGAGGCUGCUCCUCUAGGUGCUAGCGCGUCUGCUGCCCCAGGUGCUGGCGAGUCUGCCCUCUCAGGUACCACGUCGGCUCAGGCCUUACACACCUUCACCCUUGACUCGGGUGCUUCCCGCUCCUUCUUUCGGGACCGCACCACACUUACGCCGCUCAGUCGGCCGGUUGCGGUCUCCCUGGCGGACCCCUCUGGGGGUCCUGUCCUUGCUCGCUUCUCCACUGUCUUACCGAUAGGGGGGUUGACCAGUUCAUUCCUGCGAGUCAGCGGGUGA